AUGGACCCACCAGUCCUCCCGGUGGCAAGGCUGGAUGUGGAUGUGGAUCUUGGUUUUGCCCUCUUCUUCUUCCUCCUCCUCUGCUUCUUCUUGUUGGUGACCAUUGUCCGCUGUGCUCAGAUGGUGCUUGACCCUUACAGUGCUAUCUCUGUCACUACAUACCAGGAGGAGCAAACAGAGGACUGA